AGCAAAGUAAUAACUUUCGCUUUUGCGUUUCUCCUCGCUAUUAGACGUCUUAAAAUGUCCAAAAAGAGGAUUCUUAAAGAAUUUCAAACUAUUCAGGCCUCAAAGCCUCAUGGUAUAGAGGUCUCAGUGCCCACAGACAGCAUCUAUAUAUGGGAAGCAAAGUUUGCUGCACCAGACCAAUCACUGUAUAAAGGUGCCACAUUGAAGAUUCAAAUUGUUCUACCUGAGGAGUAUCCAUUGUCUCCACCUACGAUCAGAUUCCUCACGCCCGUCUUCCACGUGAACAUCGAGCAAUCGUCGGGCCACGUUUGCCUCGGUUUUGUCAGCGCGGAUAAGUGGAACCCAACCAAUGGCGUUGAAGAUGUUCUGCGCGCCGUUUUUUCAUUGUUGAUAACGCCAGAAGUUGAGACAGCCCAAGACCAGAGGAUGUUAGGGAUCUUUAAGGAUUCAAAACGAAUUUACGAUAGAAGAGCACAGGAGAGUGCAAAACGUUUUCGUUAAGGGGAUCAAACGUUUCAGUUAGGGGAACAUUGGUUAGAUUAAAUUAAGCAAAAUAUUUGGAUACAAUGAAAAACAGGAUUAGAUAAGUCAUAUGGCUUGUUGACAGAAAACCGCAAUAUUUAAGAUUUGCUCUACUGCAUGGUUUUUUUAAUAUUGCAAAUUUCAAAAGGUCGAAACAAGUUUGUAUGUAACAGUAUAUAGCAGGCUUUGAAACCAGGUAUGCGACUGGAAAUAACUACUUGUUUAUUUUUCAUGUAAUUAAGCAAACAUCGCGGAAAUUAAUAAUGGCGAAAUACAUUUUCGUUCACACAUG